UCAUUUCAUUAAAAUUCUCCCAACACAUUCAUCACUAACUCUCUCCCAAAAAACAAAACAUGACGUCCAAGGACUGCGGCAACCACGACGACCACCACCGCAAGAAGCUCUACCGCAACAUCUUCCUAGCCGCCGCAGCGUUCGCGGCCGCCGUCCUCUUGGCGAUCCUAUUGGUGUGGCUGAUCCUCCGGCCAACGAAGCCGCAUUUCAUCCUUCAAGACGCCACGGUGUUCGCUUUCAACCUCUCCGGCCCCAGCCUCCUGACGGCCACCUUCCAGAUCACCCUCUCCGCCAGAAACCCCAACGCCAGGAUCGGCGUCUACUACGACCGCCUCGACGUCUACGCGGCCUACCACAGCCAGCAGAUCACCCUGCCGAUGAGGCUGCCCCCGUCCUACCAGGGCCACAAGGACAUCACCGUCUGGUCGCCCUUCGUGUACGGCAGGGAGGUGCCGGUGGCGCCGUACCUGGCGACGUCGCUCGGGCAGGACGAGCUGACGGGGACGGUGCUCAUCCACGUCAGAGUUGACGGCAGGGUUAGAUGGAAGGUUGGGACGUUUAUUUCGGGGAGUUAUCACCUGUAUGUCAGCUGCCCCGCCUAUAUUAAUUUCGGCCAUAAAUAUGAUGGGAUCACCGCCGUUGGAUCCGGGAUCAAGUAUCAGCUCCUCAUGGACUGCAAUGUUGAUGUUUGAUUUUUCUUUUCUUUUUUAUUUAUGUUUAUGCUAUAGAAACUGAAUCUAUGUUAUCUGUUUUUACCCUUAAUUAUAUUGUAAUUGUUCUUAAUUAUUAGUCUCA